AUGAAAAAAUAAGUUAGAUCUAUUUCCACGUAUGAAAAAAGUCCUUGCGCUAAUGAUUAAAGCUUUUAAAAUUCUCCAGAUAAAUGCUAAAUGAGUUAUUAUUAAACUAUAAAGCAUGACGAGCAGCUAGAUAAGCUUGAAAAGAAUUUGAUUGAUGAGUUAAAGAAGACUAUGUUCAACUCUCCUUAAAAAGAUGUGAUGAAGAAUAGAAUGAAACACUCUUCAUCAACAUAUUAGGAAAGUGGAGAAAAGUAAAAUUAUAAUAGCAUAAAUAGCAACUAUCCCUAAGAAAGAAAAGAGAAAUUAAUGCAAUGUGCAGAAGGUAUCUUUUAAGGAAGACUCAACGAAUUAAACGAGUUCAAUUAAGACUAUUAUGAUCAUAUUGCAGGCAAGUGUGUUUGUGCCAGAUGCACAUGCGGUAAACAUAAGUGCAACUAAAUGGGUAUUAAGUAUGAUACAAAAAAUCAACCAAAUACAGUGUACAUGGAUACUUACAAUGCAAAAGAUUUAUCAAAAGCAAAGCCAGCAUAAAGUGCAUGUCCUUGUGAUAACAUUAGCAUACCAAAAGAUUUAAAAUUUGAAAACCACACAACUCAUAGAGAUCACUUUACCCCAAAAAAAGGUGAAAGAAAUCCUCCUAUCUAAAAGAAAUAAGACAAUCUAUUGUUGACUAAUAUCCCAAACGACAAUACUACUUAAUAUAGAUCUGACUAUUUGAGUAAAGGAUAUAUACCUGCAAUGAAAUUUAUUCCAGUUAGCUCUUUAGGAGUAGUUCACAAUGCUCCUUUCAAAGGCAUCACUGAGCAUAAAUAACAAUAUAAUCCUAAUAAACUUGGAACCUUCACUCCUAAUGAUAAAGCAGAUAUGCUCAAUCAUUCUUCUGGAGUCAACAUGGGAGUAGAUUAGAGUAAAAUGCCUAAUUUCUAUUAGAGUACUUAUAAAAACUCUUAUUCACCAAUGAAAGCUUCUCCUAAUGAGAAAAAUAUAGGAGAAUAACUAAAGCAAAUCUCAAAGGGAGAUUUUAAUCCUAAAGGUGGGUAAUUUAAUACAACAACAACCCAUAGAGAUCACUAUAGAAAUAGGUUUAAUAAAGUAUGCCCAAUAAUCAUUGAAAACUAUGAGAGAACAUAAAAGACUAAAUAUCCUCAUAACACAAUAAGUGAUUUAGAUAAGCUAAAUAUGUCUGUUAAUAUUUGA